CAUCCACUAAAAGUUGGAGACUACACUGUGGUGGAGAUAAAAUGUAGCCGGUGAAGAUGCUAACAUCAACCCAAGUGUCAAAAUCAUAAAAAAUAGUAUGACGUGGUAAUAGAUGCACAGAUUGUGCAGUGAAGUGGAAUGUAAUGUGACAGCCAGACAAAAGGAAUUGAUGAGCCACGAUAAUCCACAGACCAGACAGUCCAAUCAAAGGAUUUACAACCUCUGUCUUGCUAUUAAUACAUUAUACGCAUGUAGCUUACAUGAGGUUAAAAGUAUAUUUCCACCAUGCGCCAUGACCUCAUUCACUUUCAGUAUUUGGAUAUUUUCAUUGUGGCACUAUCCAAAAGUGACAGAUAAAGACUUGAAUCAUUCGAAAAUUGAACACAAUCCUGUGUGUCAACCCUUAACCUCUUUUUAUAUCUUU